UUUUCUAUACUCUUAGAUUAAAUUCGAGUUAACAUUAUGACAAAUCCUAAAUCAGUUAUAGAAAUAGAAGAAGAAAUUGAUGAAGAUCCGACAAUCCAAGGCUAUGUUAGGAGUAUUAUUAGAAAAGAAGGAGUGUUCGCAUCCCCUAUAGACAUAAAUAUAGCUACCACACACAUAAUUGAAACACCAUUAUUGGAAUGGCAUAAUUUUGAAAAUAGACCGAAGAAAAUGAAAAUAACAAAUUCUGGUCACACUGUGAUCAUAAGUGCAAAGUGGUUUGAGGAACGCCCAUAUAUAGAUGGGGGACCAUUAAAGGAUAAGUACGUUUUUUCCCAAAUACAUUUCCACUGGGGCGUGAACGACAUGGAAGGCAGUGAACACACAACAGACGGUAUAAAACAUUCCGCUGAACUUCAUGUCGUUAUGUUUAAAAGCAGUUACUUGACCCAAGAAGCCGCCUUAAAAGAAGAAGAUGGAAUAGUUAUUCUGGUCUAUUUCAUUCGACUUCAAGGGGGAGAAAAUCCAGUUUUCCAGUACCUUAUGGAUGCCCUUCCCAACAUACAACAAGCCAACACUUCGUUUAAAAUUACACCCAUUCCUUUGUCGAAGAUUGUUAAGCCGUUCGAGUCAGAUUUUUUUUGUUAUUGGGGUUCAGUUGUAACCGCCGAGUGUACGCAUUUCGUCCUCUGGUUGAUUGGACGAACACCAAUUGGAGUUUCAUAUGAACAAGUCAACUAUUUACGAAUGUUAUAUGAUUCAAAUAAACAACCUUUGAAGAAAAACUGUAGAAAGUUACAACCAGUUCAGAAUAGAACUAUUUUUCAUGUAAAUCCUUCAGGUUCAAAGUAUGCCACCUUAAAACCGUUUGAUAAAGAAGAGGAUCUUUAAUAAAAUAAAUUGAAUAAAAUUAUUAUUUAACACUCCCCAA